UCACGUGACGGUUACCGCCGCACUCUCGCUGGUGGUGGCCAGGCGGGCUAGAGCGGCCGCAGACGGGUCAGUUCAACUUCCGGCGGCUCCAGGGAGCAGCGUCAGGGCCAGGGAGACAAUGGUCUCAGUGACUAUGGCCACUUCCGAGUGGAUCCAGUUCUUUAAGGAAGCCGGGAUUCCUCCAGGACCUGCUGUCAAUUACGCCGUGAUGUUUGUGGAUAAUAGAAUUCAGAAGAGCAUGCUGCUGGAUCUCAAUAAGGAAAUCAUGAAUGAGCUGGGCGUGACCGUGGUGGGCGACAUCAUCGCCAUUCUGAAGCACGCCAAGGUGGUGCACCGCCAGGACAUGUGCAAAGCUGCUACUGAGUCAGUGCCCUGUGGCCCCAGCCCCCUCCCAGCCGAGAUCCGCCGUGGCACUGCCAGUGCCGCUUCCCGAAUGAUUGCCAACAGCCUGAACCGUGACUCCCCACCCAGCACUCCCCCCAGGCGGCCCGACACCAGCACCUCCAAGAUCUCGGUCACUGUAUCCAACAAGAUGGCAGCAAAGAGUGCCAAGGCCGCUGCAGCCCUGGCCCGCCGGGAGGAGGAGAGCCUGGCUAUUCCUGCCAAACGGCGCCGGGUCACUGCUGAGAUGGAGGGAAAAUACAUCAUCAACAUGCCCAAAGGCACAACCCCCCGGACCCGCAAGAUUCUGGAGCAGCAGCAGGCGGCAAAAGGUCUCCACAGGACGUCCGUGUUUGACCGCCUCGGUGCUGAGACCAAGGCAGACACGACAACAGGGACUAAACCCACAGGAGUCUUCAGCCGCCUUGGGGCCACCCCAGAGAUGGAUGAGGACCUGGCUUGGGACAGUGACAAUGACAGCAGCAGCUCUGUUUUGCAGUAUGCUGGGGUUCUGAAGAAGUUAGGACGGGGCCCAGCCAAGGCCAGUCCCCAGCCGACACUGACUGUCAAAGCCAAGGCCACAAGCUCAGCAACAACAGCCACCACCCCGACACUGCGACGCCUGGCUCUUUCACGCCCUGGGAUGGAUAGGAAACCAGAGACCCUGUCUAAAGUCAGCAUCAUCCAGAGACUGGGCAAGACCGCCCUUGUGCCCGAGGCCCAAGACAGCCAGGUCACGAGCACCAAGAGUAAGUCCUCGGCUGAGGUCAAGGUCACCAUUAAAAGGACUCUGGUGGGGUCCCGGGGGAGCAGCUCCAGCGAGGGCCUUGGUGCCCAGAUGGACCACGCAGGCACUGUGAGCGUGUUCAAAAGACUGGGCCGCAGGACCUUCUAGCCCACAUGUGGGGCAGGUGCAGGCCACAGACCCAUGUGUGUCUGCCCCAGUCCCCUCCAGGCUUCUGGCUCCGUCACUCCGCCCUGCCAGCUCCUGUAUGACACUGCUUGUCUCCCUCAGGUGUUCUGGGAUCCUCCCCAUUUCUUCUAGUCUGGGAUGGUCAUUGUCACCCAACCUUGCCCGCUCUGGGACUCUCCCGUCUCUCAUGUCAUCUGUGCUCCCAUUUCUGGCUGUGGCCUGGGCGGAAUCCACUUUUCUACCUCUCCCAAGUGCCGAGGGCCCUUUUCCUCUCUACAUUCCCCCUUCCUCCCUCUCAGCAGUGUCUGCUGCCUCAAACCCCAACUCCUCAGCCUCCCUGUCUCCCCACCACCCACAGAGUGGGUUUUGUCUGGAGGGGCUCACUUGUUUCCCACCCGCCAUCUUCCCUCAGUCACCUGUACCUCCCCCACUGUUUUAACGUCUCUCUCUUUCCCUCUCUUCACUCUGUUCAUUUCUCUUCUGUUUUCUGUCCCGGUGGCAAGGCCCGACUGUCCGCUGCAUCCUGCCCGACCCUCCUGCACCUCCGGCCUCCCAGCGGCCCCCUCGUCGGCGGUGGCGUCGAGCCUGUAGAGACUGUUAGCCGCCCUUCGCUCCCAGGCUGGAGGGACCUCCCCAGACCCAGGGCUGUGGCCAGGGCACCUCCGUUUUCCAGCGCUGGGUGUCUUUUUCUCUGAAAGUCUGUGGUGGGUGGUGGGUGGUGGGUAACGGGCACUGGGAAGGGAGACACGUACCAAGAGUGAAGACAAUGGCUGUUUUAAUAUAUUUUUGUGACUUUCAAA